AGCGCGCCGCCACGCGAUCCCCGCCGCCGAUUUCCACUUUCGCACACUCAUCUCAUCGUCGAUUCAUAAAUUAAAUAAAAAUCGUGCGCGAGCUCACAACGUGCACCAAUAACACUCAAAAUAAACAUAAUGUAAUCAUUCAUUGAUUGAAUAUGAUAAAUAUUAUUAAUUUACGGUGGGAUUAUUGAACGUGGUGACAUUAAGAAAAAUUAUUAACUUAAAUAUGUAAUUUAAAAAAAGUUGUGAUAAUGUGUUGGCAUCAGAACUGUGUGUGUGAGACGCGAGGAUGAUUGAUUGUGCGUGGACCACACCGCGCGGUUUUAAAAUUCAUGAUGAACCAGAUCAACGUGUCACCGUGCCACCAAAGAUGAGACCAAAUAAAAAACAUUAAAACAUUGCGAGAAGAGUCUGCACAGUUAGUGAAGUGCCGAAAAAAAUGAUGAAUAUGGUGGAGGAGUGGAAUCGAACCAACGAACGCGUUCAGCCGCCACCGGAGAUCAACGGCGGCGGCAGCGGCGACUACCUGGAUGCUCUCGCCUCCACCGAGAUGCCAUCGAUUGGCUAUGAUCACAAUCAAACCGGCGAUAAUAACUUUAUGUUGAUCGUCGAAGACAUCGAUCAAUACUUUAGCCAUUUGAAUUUCUCCGGCAGUGGCAACGGCAGUAUCGAUGCAGACGGCGUCUCCUUUGAUCGCCGAUUGAUCAACUGCAUAUAUCUGAACGUGAGCAACAUCACCGUCUGCCCGAAUGCUACCGACGUGCCGGACCCGCACGUCCUGCCCGACCGCAACUUCUGGGCGCUCAUCCUCGUCCUCUUUCCCAUCUUCACGUUGUUCGGAAACGUGCUUGUGAUACUCAGUGUGUACAGGGAGCGAACAUUGCAGAGCGCCACAAACUAUUUCAUCGUCAGCCUUGCGCUGGCCGAUCUUCUCGUCGCCGUCGUGGUUAUGCCCUUCGCCGUCUACGUUCUGGUGAACGGCGCGUGGACACUGCCCAGCUUCGUUUGUGAUUUUUAUAUAGCUAUGGAUGUUACCUGUUCGACGUCUUCGAUUUUCAAUUUAGUUGCUAUUUCAAUUGACAGGUAUAUUGCUGUGACACAACCAAUAAAAUACGCCAAGCACAAGAACAAUCGUCGCGUCUGGCUGACCAUCGUUCUCGUGUGGGUGAUAUCGGUGGCUAUCGGGUCGCCGAUAGUGCUCGGCCUGAACAACACACCGAAUCGCAUACCAGACGCCUGCCUGUUCUACAACAGCGACUUCAUCAUCUAUUCGAGCUUGUCCUCCUUUUAUAUACCGUGCAUCAUCAUGAUGUUCUUGUACUACAACAUAUUCAAGGCAUUGCGAAGGCGAGCUAUCAAAUCGAAAUUCAAUCGGAAGCCGUUGCCGAGCGAGAUUAAGCCCGGCUCGGUGAUUGAGAACGUCGCCGCCUCACGCCGGCUCGCUGAAACAGCGCUCGGUCCCACCACAGUCGAAGAACCAGCAACCAACACCGGUUCUGGAUCGGCCGAUGAAGACGAGGAACAAGCGGACGACUGUCAAGUCAUCUCCAACGACAAAAGCACUGAGUUUAUCUUGGCGACAGUCGUCGAAGAAGCCGCAUUUCAUUGUAGGACACAGAGGCAGAAACAUAAAGUCGCCACGACUGAAUUCACCAUAACACCAAACACAUGCUCACCAAAAAGGAUUUCAUCGGUAGUGGCUAGCCUUGCGGCACCCGCCCCUCGAUCAGCCGAUCCAAAUGGCAACAACGAUUCGGGAUAUGCACCCAGCCAGAUGGAAAGCUCAGCGACAACUGAAAUAAGUCCAAAACGCCCACGCAGCGCUUCGAAAAAGAAUGGCGCUACUGUAGAUACUGAGCUUAGAACUGUGACGACCAUCGCGGAUCUCGGUCCCGACAAUCACAGUUCGACAGGGUCCAAGAAAGAGAAGAAGGCGACGACGGCGGCUCGAUUCACUAUUUAUAAAGUGAACAAAGCAAGUCGGAAAAAGCGCGAGAAGUCCUCGGCGAAGAAGGAGCGCAAAGCGACGAAAACUUUAGCCAUCGUACUGGGCGUCUUUCUCAUCUGUUGGGUGCCGUUUUUCACCUGCAACAUCAUGGACGCAAUGUGCAGCAAAUUAGGUUUGGAGUGUCAGCCGGGCGUGGCUGCUUUCCUGCUCACCACGUGGCUGGGCUAUAUGAACAGUUUUGUCAACCCAGUCAUCUACACCAUCUUCAAUCCGGAAUUUCGCAAGGCAUUCAAGAAGCUCAUGUGCAUGGGACCUUAGGAUUUUUUUAGUGAGUUCAAACCAUAAAUACAACAAGAACAACAGCCAAAUGUACAUUUUUUAAUCUUCGAAUUUGCUCAAGAAAAACACACAAAAAAACAAUACGCAUAAACUGAGCGCAAUAAGUAUAUAAUUUCGGCUCUAAUUACGGCGCUUUUUUAUGUGCUUCCUUUGACGCGACGGCAUGAAUGAAUACAAUACCGAAUUUAUCGUAGACAUAUCACGCGAAAUGAUAUUAACCUAAAACACUACCUAUGCGAAGAGAUUAACAUGCAAAAUGAAAAAAAGAGAAGUCUAACAAAUUUUAUCAAAACAAUAACAGUUUUCCCGACUACUUUUAGCUAAUAAGAGAUUAAUGAGCUUGGAAUGUACCAUCCCCCGUUUAAACAUGUAAAUUGUUAAAAUCAUAUCCUAUAUAUACAUAAAAAUAAAUAAAAAUUAAUGUAAAUACUAGAGAAAAACAUUUUUGAGCGAGAAAAUUUAUUUAAUUCUGAAUAAAAACUGAUUUAAAAACAAUUUAAUAUUAUAAAGCUUCGUGCAGAUUAUAAAAUGCUCACCUAAAUAUUAAAUUGUUCGCUGUGGAUUAAAUCGUUUAUUUCAAUAUACCGUAUUUUUAGAUUUAUGUUUUUUACAAACAAAAUAAAAUUAUUUCAGCUGAAAAAUAUAAAACUAAUAUCACGAGUCAUCAGAUUUGAUUGAAAAUGUUUUGAAGAUUUAUCAGAAAACUUUCCGUUGUAGUCCAUUCGCUAUAAAUAGUAAAACAUAAAAUAUAAAUUGUACAGUGUGCAUUUACUGUAAAUACCAACAGCAACAAACUCUGUAAGUAACUAAAGUUAGCACUAGUCAUGUAAGUCAAACAAAAAACAAAACUAAAACACUUUAAUGCAUUAAUAAGGGAAGUACAUUACUGAAUGACUCAACACUGACUAAUUUUAAUAAAUAAAUAACGCGUCGACGGCACGAAGCGCGCGCAAUGUAAAUAUUUAACUGGAUUUUUCAUCAGUAUUAUCUCGACUAAUUAAAUGGCGGUUUAAAUUAGAAUCGACUACUCUGAAUUAUUCAAUGUGAUUGUACAUUAAUGUAUAUUUUCCUACUCCACUCUCAACACACAAUACACAAAACGUAAAACACAAAAUUUACAUGACAAUUGACAACAUCGCCAUCGCUUAAUUGCUUGCGCCGGCCGAGAAAAUCGAUGGGCGUCGCACGUCGCGAUGUUUGCAAAACCCAGAGCGCCGGAGUAACCCCCAGCUUGAAGCUUCGAACACGUUGUCCAGCUGGCGGUUACUCUUCACACUUGAGCCCCCAUUGCGCGAAGUGUUUGCAAGCAUCUUCGAGUGUGCGACGUGUUAAUUCGUGGAUUGGGACGACCUCUAGCGAGUAAGAUAUACAAAAUAUACAUACAGUAAAUAAAUCCAUCGGUGUUAUCAAAAAAAAAUGAAUACCUUACAUACGCUUAUUAAAUUAUGUACCUAUAAAUACGAUUUAAUGACCUACGUUAUAAGACUAGCUGAUAAUGAUUACGAUUGGAUGAUUAGAACUGUAUUAUUGCGCUAUAUCAUGAACUUGUUUCUAAAAAAAUGUUAAAAAUAAAUGCUAUUUCUUGUAAAAAUUAA